UUCCUUACUGAGGAGAUGACAACACCAAGAGGGAGGGGGCGGCGGCUACUUUCCUCCUCCUCCUCCUCUUCCUCCUCCUCCUCCCAGUCCGCCGCUGUUGCUGCUGUGGCCGCCUGCCGAGAGAAAGAAGCACCGAGGCUGCGGCGGUGGCGGAACACAAGGCGAGACACGAGCAUGGCGGGGCCGCAGGACCUCCACCAGGGCAGCUACUGUCCCAGGAAGACGUGGAUCAACGUGCUGUUAGGAAUACUGCAGCUGCUGCAGCACGGAGGAGCCCACAGACCAGCUCUGAGUCAAAUGUCCACCAGCGUGGUUGAAGUCUGGCAGCCGGAGGAGGCAGACACGUUAGUCUCACUUCAGGUGGACAAGGGGCCUAGAAAAGACGGUCUUCCACUGGAAGAGAGCUCCUCUCUAUAUAACAUGGAGAAUGGAAGGCCGUUGCAUUUUCAGCCUGCAGCGCUAGAGUUCGGAAAUCAGCUGCUGGGGCUGCCGAGAGCUGAAACCAUACAUAUACACAACCCCAGCCCAGAAGUUCCUGUGACGCUACUGUCAAUGUUUACAUCCAGCAGGCACUUUCACAUACCAUCCUUUCACAGAAGGGUGAUCCCACCCAGAGCAAAAACAUCUUUUAAACUAAUUUUCCUCCCAUCCGAGGAGGGCAACGUAGAAAACACGUUAUUUAUAAACACGUCAGCUCACGGGCUGCUUUCAUAUCAGGUCUUUGGUGUGGGAGUUCACCAGGGCUCAUUAAAGUAUGUCCAACGAAAGGACAGCCUGCUAAUAUUCCCUCACAUCCAGAGCAUUAAGUUGACCCAAACUCAGGAAGAUGUGUCCAACAUCACCAUACUGGGUCUACUCCUAGAGUGCAGCCUACCGAAGAGUUUUUUCAUCAAUCCUCAGGGGUCCUGCCUCCAGAGUGACGAGCGCCUCAGCCUGCAGAUUAAUCUGUCGGCUCGUGGUGAUCAGCCUGCUGACCUGGACAAGCUCAAGCCUUACGUCAUUGAGCACAUCUUGCUGCUGCUGGUGGUCCCUGCUGCUGGACAGGCUGCAGUAGAACCAAAAAUAAGAGUUCAUAUGCAAAAUUCCGGAAGCAAAAGACUCUAUGUUAAGGACAUGCAGGUUCUAUCCAAAAUGGAUGCCAAUCUGCAAUUUAACAGAGUUCUUCUGAGAUCGGAAGCAAAGAACUUCACAGAAGUGGCGACCCUCACUUGCAGAGGUUCAAUGCCAGGUCAAGGAAGCAAAUGUGUCAGUCAUAUCAGUUUAAGAGUCUUGGGGAACCAGACAACCCACAACUUUGCUGGCUUACAUAUCACGCACAGAUGGAGCACGGAGGACCUGUCCAGCCUUUUCCAAGUGAAGCAGAAAACGACAGAGCAGGUGGAACUGUGGCUGACAAACCCCUUCGUUUUGCCACUCACGGUGACUGGUGCAAGCCUUUCACAGAAGCUGCAUGGCGUUAUGAAGGUGGUGAACUUCCACAGCCCGCUGACCGUUCCCCAGGGCUGCUGGCAUAUUCUGUCCCUCAAACUCUUCAGCCGGAUGCUGCCCACCAGUCCCUCAUUCACGCUCAGUUUAUACACCAAGCUGGGCGCCGCCAUGCACAUUCCUCUUUACUUCCACGCCACUCCUGCCAAGCAGGGAGAUUUGGUGUUUGAGUCGGAAGGGGAGUGUCUGCGUCCUUGUCCGGUCAAGUUGUCCGAAACAGGUCGCUCAGAGUGGCAGCGCACGCUCCUGCCAGACUUCUCUCGUUCAUCCUGGACGGUGGACAACAAACUGGUGGCGGAGCUCUGCUCUCGGUGGCAGAACCACGAUGACAAACUACCUUGCAGAUGGCCCAGACUCACUGUGGAGACGUCGUCCCCCCUUGAUUUUGGUGCUACGCCCAUCAACGAAAGCAAGGUAAAAACGUUUCUGCUGAAGAACCCUUCUUCCUCUGUGGUUUCUGUGGAGAUCCAGAUUCUCUCCCUGUAUCCCUCCCCACUGGGGGCUCUGGACCUUCUCACCAAAUGGUUUAAUAUCAGCCCCCUCGCGGUCAAUAUCAGCACUGCAGAGUUCUCCCUGUUACCUGCGACCCCCAAGGCGAGUAAGAACGUGGAGGCCCUGAGAGGGGAGGGGGUCCUGCGUCUGCUGCUGCAGCCGUGGGAGUCCCGAGAGGUUGCCGUUGUUUUUACUCCCUCUGAACACAAGCCCACAACCACCAUCCUGGUCAUCAGGAACAAUCUGACCGUGUUCGACAUGGUGACGGUGAAGGGUCACGGGGCCAAAGAGCUUCUCAGAGUCGGGGGCAAACUACCCGGGCCGGGGGCCUCCUUGCGCUUCAACGUCCCUCAGUCCACCUUGAUGGAGUGUCGAGACGGCCUGCGCCACAACAAGCCGCUCUUCGCCAUCCGCAAGACGUUCAAGGUGGAGAACGCCGGAGAGCUGCCGCUAACCGUCGUGUCCAUGAACGUCAACGGUUACAAGUGUCAGGGCUUUGGCUUUGAGGUGCUGCAGUGUGACUCCUUCAGCCUGGAGCACAACACCUCGUCUGAGAUCACCAUAGCGUUCACUCCCGACUUCACCUCCUCCUGGGUCAUCCGGGACCUUGUCCUGGUGACGUCGCGCGGCACCUCCUUCCCGUUCACCCUCAAUGUGACGCUGCCGCACCACAUGUUGCCACUGUGCGCUCAGGUGGUCCCUGGCCCCAGCUGGGAGGAGUCCUUCUGGGUGGUCACGCUCAUCUUCACCUGUGUGUCUUUGUUUGGUGUAUGUCUGAUGGCCUUCCAUCAAGCCCAGUACAUCCUUACCGAGUUCUCCAUGCCUGCUAUAAGAAACAACCACACCUCCACCCUGUCCCGGGACAACGGCCCCGUUAAUAACAUCACAUCCAAUGGCGUAAAUAAAACCAAGGGUAGUUGUAAGAGCUACGUGGACACCUGCCACACCUCUGACAAAGGAAAGGGGCGUGGCUCCCCGGGUUUGUCCAACAGCCCCGCCCAGCGUCCUCAGUCCUCCAAGAAGGGCUCCUCCGGCACCACCUCCCAGCCCCAAAAGAAGCACAAGGUUUCACUCUAUUACAGCAACUACAAGCCCAGCGCAGCCACGGCAGCGGCACCAGACGACGACCACGAGGACCUGUUGCCGGAGCCGCCCCUGACCCCGGACUCCGACAUCUGCAACAACAACAGACCGGCGUUCAUGGACAGCGAGACGGUGGAUAAAAAAGUGGACUUUAAAGCACCCAUGGAGGAUAAAGUGCCGGCAGCUGUUAUGUUUCCCAUGGAAAUGCCUGCUGGUUUCCCCGAAAACGUCCGGCUCAGUCCAGGACCUCGACCAGGCCUGCUGGUGUGCAAACCUGUGGAGAUGAGUCACAUCGGGCGCUACGAGCCCACCGUUGUCCACUGUGAACAACGGGCCAGCGCCGAAAUAGAGUUAAGGGAAGAUGGCAAAGUCCUGAAAAAGAAAUCAGCAAAUGCCGAUACAGCAAGUAGUAAUAAUAACAAUAAUAAGGGAAAGAGGAGUCGCAGGAAGGCUGAAAGUGUCUCAAGCGCUCCUGAACAAAAAGUUCAAGCGCUUCCAGAAAGAGAGCGAGAACCCGACUGGAACACGGCGGGCCGUAACCUGCCGAUGUCCCGCAACCGGAGCCGCUGCUGCAACGCCCCCACGUCUGAGACGCCAAAGCCCGGACAGUGUGCCGACAACUCUGCCAGACAAAAUGCAGGCCCGUGUCCCGCCCGCAGUCGCCGAAAGUGCGCCACCGAUCGGCGCGGCGGAGCAGUGUGCGAGUCGGGCUCGGACUCGGGCAGCUCCUCGGGCAGCGUGAGGGCCAGCAGGGGAAGCUGGGGCAGCUGGAGCAGUGCCAGCAGCAUGGAGGGAGACAAGGAGGGCAGACACAUCUGCACUACCUCAGCUAGAAAAAGGGACUCAGUGCAGCACAGCAUCUACACAGCAGAGCGAGACUCCUGCCAGGCUGUGAAUGCCAACUACAAAGUCCUCAGUGCUUACCGCAAAGAUCAGUGCCAAAGUCCAGAUCCCGCAGCAUUCAGCUUCGCUCCGAGCUUCGCCGCCGUCGCCGCAGGAUUGGAGCGGAACGCGGACCUGACAGGUCACUACCUGCCUGAGGAGACGUGGUCAGCUCCCUCUGUCCCGCUCACCAAUGAGUUCAGAUACAACACCCCUGAAGUGCUGCCCUUCAUCCCUCAGCCGGCGUCGCCCAGGUCGUACAACGGGUUUGCAUGGAGAAGCGCCAACAGUCCCUAUACGUACUGCGAGGAAGGAAACUACAUCGGUCCUGCAGGAAACACACCUUUCUCGGGAGGUUUCACGCAGCAGGAGGUCCAAAACGUCCCCGGCAGUCAGGCCAGCUGGAGCGAGCAGCAUCCACAAGAGUCGCCUUCCACUUGGGACUCUGCGGCCUGUGUUGGCACCAAGCCGUUCUUCUCAGGCACCCGCAGCCUGUCGCCCAUGUCCAGCCUCUUCGGCUCCAUCUGGACGCCGCAGAGCUCCCCGUACCACCCCAGCCACUUCCAGCACGAGCGCUCGGCCCCCAUGUCGCCCGUCACGCCGCCUCACUCCCCCCUGGGUCGCGAGGCGGAGGCGACGUGCGGCGGGGGCGCCGGCAUCCAGUACUCCAGCUUCAAUCCGUUCGGCCCUCACAUGAACUUGGACAUUUGGAACUCCUCCUCCAACCGCAGCUCCAAUUCGCAGCUCUCCAACGACUCGGGCUACUGCGGCGACGUUUGAUAAACACGGUGGGGAAAAAAAGGACGGCAAAACGGCAAACCAUCCCAAAUAAUUGCAAACCUAUAAAAACGAUAUAUACCAGAAGUCAAAAUGAAUGUUCUUUUAUCAAUAAUGGGGAAAUUGUGAAUAUUCCUUUUCUUUUAUGUUCCCAUUUUCAAACGUUAAAUGUUGUGAACAUUUGUUGUAUAUUUUUCUAGAUGUUUUGCAGUUUUGAUCAUAGAAAAUUAAAAAAAAAACAGGUUUUGUACUUCAA